UGCCUACAUUGCAGGUUCAGAUCGCGAGUAUGUGCAUGUGCAUCAACAUCUCCGCCUCGGUUGCCCUCGGCUGCCUCUUUACGCCCAAGGUCUACCUGGUGCUGUUCCAGCCGUAUAAAAACGUCCGCCCCGGUCACCCUAACACGAGCGGCUUGCAGAGCGGCAAUCGCGCGGCGUACAGCAUGCGCUUCGCCGCCGGUCGCAGCCAGACAAUGCAGAGCGUGACAUCGGCCUCGGCGGCCUCACGCAGCAGUCCGACGAUGCCCCGCGGGGCCACGGGACGCGCGGACGAGCGGAAGCACGCGAACGGUGAGACCCAGGCGCUGGCGAGCCCGUCGGUCGAGGAGACUUCCGUUAGCUAG